AGGGCGAGCACGAAUUUGAUAUGAGUAUAGAAUAGAUUUGCAACCAUGACAACCAUCAUGUAUCAAUUGUCGAAGCACGCGAUCAUGCUCGUCAAGACCGUAUCUUAUGAACCAUUUGGAGGGAGUGAAGCUCUUCUUGAUCCCAAUCCUCCAAACUCUUCUUCCAGCUCAAUCAACCUUUUCAAGCAUCAAAAUGCGUUUCUCAAACAUUCUCGUUCUCGUAGUCGCUGCAGGCGCUGCCACCUUCGCCAACGCUGCUCCAGCUCAAAAUGGCGUUGAAGUUGGAGGAAAUGUUCAAUUCGCUCGUGAUAAUCUCAAUGUCGAUCAUGUCCCUCAAGCACGCAGCAUCAAUGAGCCCAAAAAUGCUGUUCGUGGUCUCAACACCGACAAUGUUAAACGUCGUGGUAAAGUCAAGGCCGAAGAAGAAGCACUCGCACGUCGUCUUAUUCCCCCAUUGUUUUACCUUUGGGCUGAAUUCACUGAUGAUGAUGGCAACAACGGCUAUGGCCAUGAUUCUCUCUACAGCACAGACCAGUUCUACGUUCCCGAUGAUAAGACCAAGAUCAGAAUCCACGCAUUUCCCAAGAAUACUUCUCAAGAUUUUUACAUCCAGAACGACCAGAAUGAAAAGCAAUAUAUUUUCUCACCUUACGACGGAGAAUUGAUUAAUUUCUCGUUGAAUGGUACUGAGUUCAAGUUUGGUCGUGAUGAUGACGACAAGAAGGCUUGAUAAUCGGGCAAGCUUUGAAAAUUGAAUCGUUUCCUUGCGAGAUCUGAAAAAAACCAGUUUCGCAAGAUGUCCAUUCACAGCUCUUCCGCUUCUCUUUUCUCCCAUGAAUCCAAUUUUCCCUUUUUCGUGUCAGUACUGCGAGCGCUCCUCACUAAUUGAUCGAUCAAUC